AGCGUGCCCGGCGCGGGGCGCUCGGUGGGUGGUAGCUGGUGGUGCUGUAGGGCUGUUCGUGGGCAGCAGGGCAGGAGCGCGGCGCUGGGGCCGGCACGGGGCUGGGAUUUCCGUCCGCGCGAGCGGUGGAUCCGCGCAUCCCUCCCGCCUUCCUCUGAUUUUAGCUUCUCCUUUGCCGCUGAGCCACUUCCAGGGGAGGUUGGUGUCAUGCGGCUGUAGCCGGGGGAGGGCUGCCCGGGGCCGCAGCGGCAGUGAAAGGCACUCACUGAAAGGCAGUGAGAGCAGCCCAGGCGAGUGGAGCCGAGUUCCUUGCGAUGACGGCCAUGAAGGAGCAGCCGGCGCACCCGGGCGGCAGGGGGAACCCGGUGCCGCCGCCGCAGCCCGACCAGGAACUUGGAAGUAACAGCCCUCCGCAGAGGAACUGGAAGGGAAUUGCUAUUGCACUGCUGGUGAUUCUAGUUGUUUGUUCACUCAUCACUAUGUCUGUCAUUCUUUUAACACCAGAUGAGCUUGCAAAUUCUUCUGAAACCAGAUUAUCCUUGGAAGAUCUCUUCAGAAAGGAGUUCGUAGUUCAUAAUCCAGAAGCCAAAUGGAUUAAUGAUACAGCAGUGGUGUAUAAAGAUAGGAAUGGACAUGUUAUUGAACUGAAUGUAGAAACAAAUACAACUACCUUGUUAUUGGAAAACACAACAUUUGUAACUUUCAAAGCAUCGAGAUACUCAGUUUCACCAGACUUAAGAUAUGUUCUUCUUGCAUACGAUGUAAAACAGGUUUUUCAUUAUUCUUAUACAGCUUCAUAUGUGAUACACAACAUACACACACGGGAAGUUUGGGAGUUAAACCCUCCAGAAGUAGAGGAUUCAGUAUUACAGUAUGCAGCAUGGGGUGUCCAAGGACAGCAAUUGAUUUUUAUUUUUGAAAACAACAUCUAUUACCAGCCUGAUGUAAAGAGCAGCUCAUUGCGCCUGACAUCUUCAGGAAAAGAAGGAAUUAUUUUUAAUGGAAUUGCAGACUGGUUGUAUGAAGAGGAACUUCUCCAUUCUCACAUUGCCCACUGGUGGUCUCCGGAUGGUGAAAGACUGGCAUUCCUGACCAUAAAUGACUCCCUCGUGCCCAACAUGGUUAUUCCUCGGUUUACUGGAGGCUUAUAUCCAAAAGGAAAGCAGUAUCCAUACCCUAAGGCAGGUCAAACGAACCCAACAGUAAAGCUGUUCGUAGUUAAUCUGUAUGGACCAGCACAUACAUUGGAACUGAUGCCACCUGACAGCUUUAAAUCAAGGGAAUACUACAUCACCAUGGUGAAAUGGGUGAGCAACACCAAGGCUGUGGUGAGAUGGUUAAACAGACCCCAGAAUACCUCCAUCCUGACAGUCUGUGAAGCAACAACUGGAGCUUGCAGCAGAAAAUAUGAAAUGCAAUCAGAUCUUUGGGUUCCUAAACAGAAUGAAGAACCCAUUUUCUCCAGGGAUGGCACUAUGUUCUUCAUGACUGUCCCAGUGAAACAGGGGGGGCGAGGAGAAUUUCACCACAUAGCCAUGUUUAGUGUUCAGGCUAAAAGUGAGCAGAUCACUGUUAGACACUUGACAUCGGGAAACUGGGAAGUUAUCAAAAUCCUGGCAUAUGAUGAAAAUACCCAAAACAUUUACUUCUUAAGCACUGAAGAGUCCCCAAGAGGAAGACAGCUGCAUAGUGUGUCAACAGUGGGAUCGUUGAAUCGACAGUGCCUCUCAUGUAAAUUCUUGAAAGACCAAUGCACGUACUUCAGUGCAAAGUUUAGCCCCACAAACAGGCAUUUUUUACUGCACUGUAAAGGGCCGGGUGUUCCAGUUGUUAGCGUGCACAGUACCAGUGACAGUGGAAAGUUUUAUAUUUUGGAAAAUAACGCUGUGUUGAAAGAAGCUGUUUUUAAGAAAAAGAAUUCCAGGACUGAAAUUAAAAUGCUGCACAUCGAGGAUUACGAACUCCCAUUACAGUUGUCGCUGCCGAAAGAUUUCACAGAUCAGAACCAGUAUGCCCUUCUGUUAAUGAUUGAUGAAGCUCCAGGCAGCCAGUUGGUUACAGAUAAAUUUCACAUUGACUGGGACUCAGUGCUUGUCAACUCUGAUAAUGUCAUCGUAGCUCGGUUUGAUGGCAGAGGGAGUGGAUUUCAAGGCCUCAAGAUCCUACAGGAGGUCCACCGAUGCUUGGGUUCAGUGGAAGUGAAGGACCAAAUAGCAGCUGUAGAAUCAUUAUUGAAACAGCCUUUCAUCGAUCCUAAGAGACUGAGCAUAUUUGGAAAGGGCUACGGUGGCUACAUUGCAUCCAUGAUUCUGAAAUCUACUGAGAGGCUUUUCAAAUGUGGAGCUGUGGUGGCACCAAUUACAGACAUGAAGUUAUACGCGUCAGCUUUUUCAGAAAGGUACCUUGGUAUUCCAUCAAAAGAGGAAAAUACCUAUCAGGCAUCCAGUGUAUUACACAAUCUUCAUGGUUUAAAAGAAGCAAAUAUGCUAAUAGUUCAUGGGACAGCUGACACUAAAGUCCACUUCCAGCAUUCAGCUGAACUAAUUAAGCAUCUAAUAAAAGCCGGAGUUAAUUACACUAUGCAGAUCUACCCGGAUGAAGGUCAUAACAUUGCUUCUGAGAAAAGCAAAUAUCACCUUUACAGCACAAUCCUUGGGUUUUUUAGUGCUUGUUUAAAGGAGGAGACACCAAUUUUACCACAGGAACCUGAAGAGGAUGAAUAAGGAAGCCUAUUUGAGUAGUACUGAAGGGGACUUACUUUGCGGCUCAAUAAAACCUUAAAUAAAAGUGACUGUGAGUUUGCAGAUUCUGCAGAAGCUCAAGGGCAGCUAAAGGAUAUCACAGAGGAACAGCACAUUUACAGACAAUGAGCUAAUAAACUGGAAUUCAACUAGAAAGUCCAGACACAUUACCAAGGGACAAAACUUUUACCUUUGUGGAAGGUCAACAGUUGGUUACAGUUUCCUGGAAGGACUUAGUUUUGCUUAAGUGUAGGGUUAGUGCACGUUUGUUAUGUUAAGCCUCACUGUUGGUUCUGUAAGUGGUUGCUCGUUUUUAAUUUAAAUGCACAUCUUUAUUCAUCUUUGCAUAAUGCACAACCUAUCGUAAGUAUUAUGGCCACUAAUAUUUUUAAAAGGUGAGCUGCAAUCUAACACUUCACUGUAAUGUUAUGACAAGUGCAAUUCUUCUGCUGUCUAUUACCCACAAGAAACCACAGUGAUAAUAAAGGGCACGAUAUUUUCUCUAGUUUCUGCUCCAAAGGGAUAUAUUGUCUAUUGCAGUACGUACACUGAUAUUGAAAAUGAUUUUCCAAUUUCGGCAUCUACUAUUACUACUACCCACUAGUAACCACUGAGGGAUUAUUUGGUAGUGUAUUCCUGGUCUUUAUGUAUAUAGUCAAGAUUCCUUAAGCAGAAAACAUUGAAGAAUUUUUUUUUGAGACACAAUUAACAGCUGUAUUUAAAACAACAUCCACAGUUGAAAUCCUUUCCAGUCCAAAAUGUAUCCAUUGUUUCCUUGAAGUAUAUUUGAGUUGUGUUUUGGUAUUGUUUAUAGUAAUUGAUAGUUUUGCUGGUUACACUCUGAUUUUAGUAUAUGCUACUUUGUCACCUGUAAAUUAGAAACAUAAAUAUUAUAGUUUCAGAUAAAGAAAAUUUAUUUACAACUUA